AUGCCGUCGUGGAAGGAUGGCCUCGUCAACGCCUUUCCGAUCCCUCAAGAUCAUGGCAAGAGAUAUUCUAGGAAGGACAAGCAGAACGGAAGCACCUUGACUGAAGCUGCGUCGCUCGUGAAAACUGUGGGGACGCUGACGCUUGAGGGCGGUCCGUUUCCCUUCUUCGACCUUCCUGCAGAGAUCCGUAACAGGAUCUACCGCUUGAUACUGUUCAGCAAGCCAGGCUAUCGCCUUGUGGACGGUCGGCUGAGACCAUGCCGAACCGCAAUAAUGGCUACAAAUAAGCGCACCCACCAGGAAGCUGCUUACGUGCUCUACAGUACCACGAGCUUCCGCAUCUUUCCUCUCCAGGAUUUUACGCCUGCACCCGUUAUCCAAGAAUUGCGGCCCAUGUAUCGCGCCAUGCUAACGAAGAUGGAGGUGACAGUGGGAUCAAGCUGGACCAGUCCGCCAAAAUCGUGGCGCGUGAGCAAAUUGCUGGCAAAGCGCCUGUCCAGGCUUUCCGCCGUCCAGACGCUCAAGGUCUUUGUCGAGCUGGACCCGAGUUUGCCCAUGUUCGAGAAAUACCGGGUGUCGCUGGAUUUUUACACGGACUUCUGCGGUGACCUCCUUCGCGACGUGCUGCUGUGCGUGCCGCAGGUAACGCACAUUGAGAUGGACGGCAAUCCGGGUGUCGAGGCGACCGGCCCUUUAGUGACCCGGUUGCGCAAGGAAGCAGAAUCAACUGGCAAAACAUGUACCAUAGGCCCGACCAAGGCUCUUGCCACCCCAGCAGGAGUGAAGCGGAUGUUCUUCCAGUAA